UUACUUCCAAUUCUUGAAUAAUUACCUCAGUAUUCUUUGUAUAUUAACGUAUUGCUUGCAAAUGUUGGAAUAGCUUUUAGUCCUGUCAUUUUCUAUUUUUCAGUGCAGGUAGCAAGAGGAAAUUCUAUCAGCCCCAAAGACGACAAAUAGACAUUUUUGGAUGCUUCACUGCUUUCCUUCCAAGCAGUUUUGUUGAACGAUUCUGUUAGGCUGUUGAUGCUGGAAAGAUCCAAAAAGACUUCUGCAGUGGUCCUCCAGGAUUGAUGCUGAAAAAGAGGAAGGAAAAAUAAAAUAAAUCAAAGUUUCUGUGGAGGAAAUGGCCGUCGCACACAAAACAGAGGCAACCAAAUGCCUCCUAAAAGAAAAUGUUGAUCCGGAAAUCAAAAUGGAGGUGCAGUGUUCCUCCGGCCUUCAAUCUGGAGAAGGAAGGAAAAGAGAAGAUUUCCCAGAAACUGGGAAGAUUAAGCAGGAGAUUAUCCAUCACGUGAAACAAGAGCCAGAAGAAGGGCCCUCUGGAAAUUGGGACGCCCAGCUGCAAGAGUUUUUGAAGACGCUGCAGUCUCCCGAUUAUGGCAGAGAAAGCCCUUCCCUGGCCUGGAAUGACCCUAAAUCCACUCAGGUGCUCUCUCAAAGGAUGAGGGAUGCCAGCAACUGUCCCAGAGGAGUUUGGGUGGCUCCGGCCCAGCCGCACGUGGCUGUUGAAGCCCAGCGGGAGUAUGAGAGUUCUCAGGAAGCCGCAUCCGGCGGGAAGGGGCAGAAGGGGGCGGUGAGUGGGCCCGGGGCCAAGCUGGAGAAACAGCGCCAGCAGUUCCGGGAGCUGUGUUACCAAGAGGCUGAAGGGCCUCGCAAACUCUGCAGGCACCUCCAAGAACUUUGCCACGAGUGGCUGAAGCCAGAGAAACACACCAAGGACCAGAUCCUGGAUUUGGUGACGUUGGAGCAGUUCUUGGCCAUCCUGCCUUCGGAUAUGCAGAGCUGGCUGAGAGAAAACAUGCCGAGGACCUGCACUCAGGCCGUGUCCCUGGCAGAGGAGUUCAUUGUGAGGCAGCAGGUCAAAGGCUGGAGCAAGCAGAUGAUGGGGAUGACGGAGGGGGAAUCUGAAAAGCCCCCCAAAGGAAACCAAGCUCUGUCGGAAAUGGUGAAGGCACAGCUUUUUAGAGAAGCCAAGCAGGAAGCUGGAGGGAAUGCAGGCUCAGUGGACGACGGCUGGCCUGAGCCACAGAGGACAUCGCUGAGAAUGGCUAGGGAGAAUUACUUCCUCGCUCCAGGUACGCCUGAUGGGAAUCAGCACGGAGCAGAGCAGCGGGACGGAAAUAAAAGCAAAGCAGCGACCGACGAGCUGGGCCCCCCACAAGGGUUUUUGCAAGCUGCUCCCGAACCUGCUUCCCUCAACACCACGGGGAAGUGCGAUGCAGAGGGCCUCGGCCAAAGCUCCCCGCGUGAUGCGGGCGAGAAUCCUGACCCAGAGGAGAAGCGUUACAAGUGCUGGCAUUGCAGCCAGGCUUUUGGCAGCAGCUUGGAUCUCUUGGCCCACGAGAGGACCCACGUGGACGAGAAGCUCUACAUCUGUUCCCACUGCGGAGAGAAGAUGAGAAUCCGGGCCGGGCAGGUCUCCCACAUCUGUUCCCACUGCGGCAAAAAUUUUGGCUGGAUUCCCAAAGAGAAGCUCAGCGCCGACCGAGAGAGAUGCUUCAUGUGUUCGGAGUGCGGGAAGUGCUACACUCGGAGGACGGACUGCCUAAAGCACCAGAAAACCCACGCCGGAGACAAACUCUUCCUUUGCACGGUCUGCGGGGAAAAGUUUGCAUCGUACACCUCUCUCAAAAUGCACCAGGUGGCCCAUCGAGGGCAAGACACUUUCCAGUGUUUCCACUGUGGGAAAGCCUUCAUGUCCAGGUCACACAUGUUGCUGCAUGAGCUGAUGCACAAGAACAGCUGCUCGUACUGCGGGAAAAGCUUCACCCGAAAAUCAGAACUGUGUGAGCAUGAGAAAACUCACACUGCCACAGAGUUGAUGGAGACCUUGAGUCUGCAGGUGAACAUGUCCAUGGAGGAAGAGACGAUGGAGCACCCGGAGUUGAAGAUGCAGAAACAGAGUACUUCGCUGGUCAAACUCUGGUCCGAUUUGGAGGCAAUGAAAGCUCCCUCUGGCAUGGUUCCUCUCCAACAAUUGAAAUGCAAACCGGAAGAGGGACUGCAAGAUUGCUGGGAAGCCCAGUGUCAGGAGUUCCUCAGGAGCCUGCCAGGUCCUUGCUCGGAGAUGGCUCCCGCUGACGCAGUAGAGGAGCCAACGCCAUGGGUCAACACGAAGGCCUUCCUAACUUCCUUUGAGCAAGUUGCAUCUGCCUGCAAAUGGCCCCAGGACCAAUGGAUGACUCUCCUUUUGCCAGGAUUCAGACAAGAAGCGAAGGAGGCCUUCGACAGCCUUAGCAGCCAAGAAAGAGGAGACUAUGGGAAGGUGAAGGCUGCCAUCUUGCGAGGGGAGGCCCUGGCCAGGGAGAAACAGCGCCGGGAUUUCCGGCAGUUUUGCUACCAGGAGGCGGAGGGGCCCAGGGGUGUUUACAGGCAUCUCCAGGAACUUUGCUGGCAGUGGUUGAAGGCUGAGAGGUGCUCGAAGGAGGAGAUCCUGGAGCUGCUGGUUCUGGAGCAGUUUCUGACUGUCCUGCCUCCGGGGAUGCAGAGCUGGGUGAGGGCUCACGGCCCUGAGACUUGCACUGGGGCUGUGCUUUUGGCUGAGGAGUUUCUGUCGAAGCGGAGCUCCGUGAAACAGGAGGAAGAGAGUCCGGAUCUUUUGGGCAUGCUACCAACUGAAGAGCCUUCCCAGGGAAGCCAAUGCUUACCACUAGGUUCAUGGGGAUGGCAGCUGUCCAAGGAGAUGAAGCUGGACAUUGACGAAGAAAUGAAUUCAUUCACCAACAAUCACAGACAGAUGAACCAAGACAACCAUCUUCGUCAGAGCAUUUCUGAGGCACCAGAAAAUGAGACGCUAAAAAGAGACAGCAUACCCUUCCAGUGUUUCAAGGAGGAAGAGAGACCUAACAACCAGGAGGCUCCAGAAACAGAAUGGAAUUCACCCAAAAGAAAUGUGGACAAAGUUGUUUCGGUCGGUAAAAGCGAUUCCGAUCCAGAAGAAGCCAAGACCGGCCAUAAAAUCCACCAGUGCCACUGUGGCAAACGUUUCCGGUGGAGCUCCAAUUUUCGGGUACAUGAAAGAAUUCACACCGGAGAGAAGCCAUAUACGUGUACGGAAUGCGGCCUCCCUUUUCGCAAAUCUGCCCAACUAAAGGCCCACACAGGAAUUCAUACCGGCGAGGUUCCCUUUCGGUGUCCCACGUGCCAGAAAACCUUUACCAGCAGCUCCAACCUCAUCACCCACAAGAGGAUCCAUACCGGAGAGAAGCCAUACCAAUGCCCGUACUGCGAGAAGAGCUUCCGGCAAAAGGGGACACUCACCAUCCAUGAAAAAAUCCACAUGGACGAGAAGCCUUUCAAAUGCUUGACGUGCGGGAAGACUUUCCGUCAGAAAGGAACCCUGAGUGUCCAUGAAAAAAUCCACUUGGGGGAGAAGCCCUACAAAUGUUCCAGCUGUGGGAAGGAUUUCCGCACCGCAGCCGUCCUGAGGGUUCACGAAAGGAUCCACACCGGGGUGAAACCGUAUCGGUGCUCAGUGUGUCUGAAGAGCUUCACCGACGGGUCAAACCUCAUCACCCACGAGCGAAUUCACACGGGAGUGAAACCAUACCAGUGCUCACGGUGCGGGAAGACCUUUUGUCAGAAGUCUGGCCUGGUGACACACGAACGCAUUCAUACAGGAGGGAAUCCAUAUCGGCGCUCAGCCGACCAGAAUCAUUUAGAGGAAAGAUCAGAUCUCGACGCCCAUCAGGAAGCAAAGCUGGGAAAGAGAUCAUAAGACAGAUGUCAACUCAUAAAAUAUUUCUAUGGUCUGU